AUGACCAUGAUGGACGAAGGCGCUGCUUGUGAGAACACGCCGGAUCUGAGAGACAUAGAGGCGAAACUCGGCCGGAAGACCCCCGAGGGUUUGCUCAGGUGGAUGCGGGAGGAGGCGUCCACUUUCCGGGGUGAAGCCAAGCUGGUCCCCGACGGGCACGAAACCAUCAAGGAGAACGGGAAGAAGAGCCUGGAUGAAAAGAUCAGAAUAUUGAAGAGUGAGAUGGCACAAUUGCGCUCAGUGGACGUCAAGAUCCUUCAGCAGCUGCUGGCUGUCAACGAGGGCAUCGAGGCAGUGAAAUGGUUACUGGAGGAGCGCAGCACGCUAACCAGCCGCUGCAGCAGCCUGACUAGCAGCCAGUACAGCCUGGGCGAGGGUCCCGAUACUUCCUGGAGAGGUUCCUGGAGCAGCCUUCAGGACCCCAAUGACAAGCUGGACAACAUUUCCAUCGGCAGUUACUUGGACACCCUGGCGGAUGAUAUGGAUGAAUACUGUCCUUCGAGCUCAGAGUCGGUCAUCUGCUCGUCCACACCGCAGGUCUCCGAGGCGACUGCUGUGGUGCGGACAGCGGGAGGCUCUGUGGCCACUGUGACUGGGGACAAGCCCGGGGUUGAGACUAGAGUUGUUAAAUCCAUCCGGUCUCGAUCAACUGAGAAAACUGGAAACGGGCCCGUUGGUGUCAGUGAUAUCAAUGGGAAUGGGAUAGUUGGGACUGGCAGUGGAAAAGCGUCUGUUCCUGGCUGCAUUCCUGAAGCUCAGUCUAAAACUAAGCAGGAUUCUUCAGUUUGCCCUAAGGCGAUAGAGACUAGGACCAAUACCCAGAUCAUUAAGGCCAACGGCACUCAGGAGAAGACAACCCUACAAAAAGUCAGCCUCACUGAAAACCUGAAGCAGAGCCCGAAACGUAAACCUUACAAAAAUGCCAACGUGGACUUGGAUACAUGCAAACUCAAGAGUAAAAUGCAUCUGGAGUACGACGCCCACUGGCGGUGGGUGCAAUCGCAAGAAGAUGUGACGUUUUUGUAAGACUACUGAGCAUGCCCUGUUCCUUCAGGGCCCGUGCCCUUGCUAAAAGAUGCUCGCUGGCUGUAAAGGACUAAGCUACAUUUUAUUUUUUUGUUCCGCGUCUACUCCACAAAUAGGUCAAUGCACAUAACACGAUUUUGACCAUUGUCAGUCAAACAGUGCUAAUGUUUCUCAGGCUCUUUCUAAGCAUUCCUCUCGUCGCUCCUUUUCACUCUUAUGUGACUCCUAAGCACAGAUGAUCUACCAAAUAAAAAUACUUGUAAAAAAUUUAAAUUGUGAUGUGGCAGAAACAAAGGGCCCAGUAAUACUUGGUGGGAGAACAGUCAUUUACACACAUUUAGGAUCAGAUACAUUAUUCUUGUAUUAGACCCAAAUAAGACCAAUGUUUAUCCAUAUUGGAUUAUUUUUGGGUCACUCGAUGAUUGUAUUCCCAUUGUGUGUAUAAAGCAUAACAUUGGCUCUACAUACUGUAAGUGAAACAUGUAUUACACUAAUAAGUGUUAACAUCAAAUCUGUGCAUGUUUGUCUCAAGCACCUACAGUAGUUCCCUAAGCUAAAUAGGAUUUCCUCGGUCUAUGUACUGUACCUAUUAUGCAACGUCUAUCUGCAAUAUGUUGAUGUCACUGUGCAGGUACUCUGUACCCGUCACGACUGGUUGUAGGUUGAUUUUAUAUGCCCUGUUAUAAGCAGAUAAUGUACCUGAUUGGUGAAAACCUUAUACUGUAUAUUGCCUGGCCUGUUCUUUUCCUCGUGAGAUGAAUGCACUUGUCAUUAUAAUCUUAGCUGGCGGUUGGUGUAUUUUGCCUGCUUGUGUUGCAUAAAAAGGCUCGACCAUCA